AUGACUGAAUUACGACAAAUCAAUAAACAAGAAUUUUUACAGGAACUUCAAAAGCGUCUCCAUGAUAAGCAACUAACCGAGCAAGCAGUAGCCAAAAUAUUAGAGGAAAAUUUAAAAAAUAUGAGUAAAAAAGAACUAAACGAGCGGGAGCAAAUCCAAAAAGUUCUAAAUGUAGCAAGUAAGAAAAAUAAUGGAGAAAUUGGCAAGCCUGACUUAAUAUACUAUAAUGCAGAAAAUAAUUUACUAAUUUUAGGGGAGGUAAAGCCCAGCAUAAAUUUUCAUAAAAGCAAAAUUUUAUCUGAACCAGUUCCUAUCAAGUAUUGUGUAGAUGGAAUUAUUCAUUAUCUGAAUUGUUUUGAUCGCAAUCAUUUGCUAAAAUAUUACAAAAAGCAUGAAUUAGAAGAAAUUUUAGCAAAAAUUAAAGACCUAAAAUUAAUAGGAUUAGCCGCAACCGAUGACCGAAGAAAUGGUAUUAAGAAAAUAUCGACUUUUUCUGCUGAAUAUAAGGAUAAUGUCUCCUUUGCUAUUGAUAUAGAUCCGGUUUUAGAUGUCAAAACAUUUUUAAAUGAAGAAGAUUAUUUAAAUAUAUUUGCCAAAAAAAGCAAUGAUUACAAAAACAUGGUCAAUGAAGUUGAUAAGGUAUCAAAUGAAGUUAAUAAUAUGUUGAGAAGCAUCGAUUCCCAAUUUAGACCAAUUGUUCUAUCAGGAGGAAUAAUCUCUUUAUUUACUAAUGAUACUGAUAACAAUUUUAAAGAUAAUUUCAACAAUUUAGACAAAGAGAGUUUAUUCGAAGAUUUUUUUGCUUCAAUAAAAGAGAACUUAAAAAAG